AGACCGUACGGUGCGUCAGUGACUAGAGAGGCUCUGGAAACACCUCCAAACCAUCUCUCCACUGCCUGUGGAACGCACGGGGAAAGUACCAUGAAGCUGCUGGUGGGCAUUUCUGCCCUGGCUUUCCUGAUGCAGGCAGCCACCCCUCUGAAGAUCUGCGCCUUCAACAUCCAGAGCUUUGGAGACAGCAAACUGUCUAAUGAGGGGAUCUCGGAAAUUAUUGUGAAGAUCCUGUCACGGUACGACAUUGCCUUGGUGCAAGAGGUGCGGGAUGCCGACCUGAGCGCUGUUAGUGAAUUGCUGGAGCGGCUCAACAGUGCCUCUAAGCACAACUACGCCUACGAAAUCAGCGAGUCGCUGGGACGGGAGAACUACCGGGAAAUGUACCUCUUCCUCUACAGGACGAAGAGCGUCUCUGUUGUGGACAAGUACCAGUACUCAGACAAAAGCAAUGCCUUCAGCAGACCGCCUUUCAUUGUCAAGUUCUCACCUCUCAACUCCAAAGACGACGAGCUGGUACUGAUUCCCCUCCACACAGCUCCAAAUGACGCUGUGGCAGAGAUCGAUGCCCUCUACGACGUCUACUUGAAGAUCAUUGACAAGUGGGGGACGGAUAACAUGAUGUUCCUGGGAGACUUCAACGCUGACUGCAGUUACGUGGGAAUGAACGCCUGGUCUUCCAUCCGCCUGCGCACCAGCGAGGUUUUCAAGUGGCUCAUCCCAGACUCUGUAGACACCACAGUGGGCAACUCCAAUUGCGCCUAUGACAGGAUUGUCGUGAGCGGUUCAAAGCUGAGAAAGUGGAUUGAUCCCAAUUCGGCCCAAGUGUUUGACUUCCAGAGGACCUUCAAGCUGAGCCAAGAGGAGGCUCUGGCCAUCAGCGACCAUUUCCCGGUGGAGGUGACGCUGAAAUCUCGCUGAAGCUCCGUGCGACCUCGCAGCCCGGCUUUGACACCCCCACGUGCCGGAAAAGGGGUGUGUGGAGCCACCCCUGGGUCUUCUCACCCCACAGCUACAUGUUCACUUGCUGACGUACAAAUCUGCCUUGAUGGACCUGUGGUCUAUCCAGACCAGUAUUGUCUCUUCCGUUGGGUAGUGUCAGGCAGCAGGGGAAACAACCCCCACAACAGGUUGCCAGGAACGGGUCAGACAAGGAAAAGUGCUUACCAUCUGCUUUCAUUCAAUUUUUACAGAACGCAGCCUCUCGGAAUAAUGGCGUCGUCCUGAGUGACUCUCCACCCCCUUUUUCUCCCACUUCCUCAUUCAUCAUCUCUUC